AUGUUUAAUCAAUAAAAAACUGAAGAGUUAUGCAACUAGGAGAAAUACAAAAAAUUUAUAAGUUGGUGCAAAGAGAAUGGAGCAUUAAUAUCAGAUGAAGUUUAAUAUCCAUCUGCAUUUGGUAGUUAAGGUUAUACAGGAGUGAGUGCAAAAAUGAAUAUUGGCGGUAAUAAGGUGAUAAUUGCAAUUCCUAAUAAAUUGAUCAUAAGUCAUGAUAAAGUAUAGAAAAGUGAAUUGAAUGAUAUGUUUAAGGCUCAUAAACAUUUUUUUGAUGAUUAGAUAACUGCAGAUGCUGAAUUCAAUUGUUUGGGUAUGAAAUAAGUUGUACCCUGUAGCACUUUAUAUAUUUUAUCAUAAAUUAUAAGGAGAGUAAUCAUUUUGGUAUCCUUAUUUGAAUGUAGUAGAGUAACAUACUAUGUUUGAAUGGAGGAAUAGAGACCUAUUCAAUUUAUAAGAUUAAUCUCUAAUAGAUGAAUUUAUGUAUAUAUAAUCAGAGAUGGAUAAAUCUUGGUAUAAGUUUAAAGGGUUAAUGAAUAAGUAUCCAUAAUAUUUUGGUAGUAUAACAGAACAACAUAAAGAUAUGUUUUAUUGGAGUAAUGAAUUUGUAAUGACUCGUUGUUUUGGUUGGACACUUCCAUCUACAAGUUUAGUACCAAUGGCUGAUAUGUUGAAUCAUUCAAAUAUCAAUCCAUCCACUUACCAUUUAAUUAAUAAAUCAAUUGAAAAGACUGGUGAACCUAAAAACAGAUAUACUCUUAAAAAAGAAAGAAUUGAUCUUUAAUUAUUAGGAUUAGAUUUUAAUAUUGAUCCAAAAUAUUAAAUUAGAAAUGCAUAAGAAGCAUAUAUCUAAACAAAUAAAUAAUUGUUAAUUCAUCAGUUUGAAGGAUAAACGAACAGAGAUAAAAUUAAUUAAAUUAAUUAUAAUGUUUUAAAGUUAUGGAANUAAUUAAUGUUUAAUCAAUAAAAAACUGAAGAGUUAUGCAACUAGGAGAAAUACAAAAAAUUUAUAAGUUGGUGCAAAGAGAAUGGAGCAUUAAUAUCAGAUGAAGUUUAAUAUCCAUCUGCAUUUGGUAGUUAAGGUUAUACAGGAGUGAGUGCAAAAAUGAAUAUUGGCGGUAAUAAGGUGAUAAUUGCAAUUCCUAAUAAAUUGAUCAUAAGUCAUGAUAAAGUAUAGAAAAGUGAAUUGAAUGAUAUGUUUAAGGCUCAUAAACAUUUUUUUGAUGAUUAGAUAACUGCAGAUGCUGAAUUCAAUUGUUUGGGUAUGAAAUAAGUUGUACCCUGUAGCACUUUAUAUAUUUUAUCAUAAAUUAUAAGGAGAGUAAUCAUUUUGGUAUCCUUAUUUGAAUGUAGUAGAGUAACAUACUAUGUUUGAAUGGAGGAAUAGAGACCUAUUCAAUUUAUAAGAUUAAUCUCUAAUAGAUGAAUUUAUGUAUAUAUAAUCAGAGAUGGAUAAAUCUUGGUAUAAGUUUAAAGGGUUAAUGAAUAAGUAUCCAUAAUAUUUUGGUAGUAUAACAGAACAACAUAAAGAUAUGUUUUAUUGGAGUAAUGAAUUUGUAAUGACUCGUUGUUUUGGUUGGACACUUCCAUCUACAAGUUUAGUACCAAUGGCUGAUAUGUUGAAUCAUUCAAAUAUCAAUCCAUCCACUUACCAUUUAAUUAAUAAAUCAAUUGAAAAGACUGGUGAACCUAAAAACAGAUAUACUCUUAAAAAAGAAAGAAUUGAUCUUUAAUUAUUAGGAUUAGAUUUUAAUAUUGAUCCAAAAUAUUAAAUUAGAAAUGCAUAAGAAGCAUAUAUCUAAACAAAUAAAUAAUUGUUAAUUCAUCAGUUUGAAGGAUAAACGAACAGAGAUAAAAUUAAUUAAAUUAAUUAUAAUGUUUUAAAGUUAUGGAAAGAAAAACAAGCAUGGGAAUUAGAUUUUGAAUCAUCUUCAUAAUCAGAGGAUAAUGAUACAGAUUCAGAUGAUGAGGAUAAUAUUGAUAAACUUGCUUAAAUUAGAAAUAAAGAACUUAAAAUUUUAUAAGAAAAGAAUUUAAAAUUAGAUUAGAAAUAUACUCAAAAAUGUUAAGAUAUUAUAGCUAGUAUCAUUCCAAAAAAUUCAUAAUAUAAACAAACUUAAUCUAAUAUUCAAAUUAAAGGUAAGAGAACAUUCGAAGAAGAUUUAGAUAAAGAUAAUUAAAAUAAUUAAGAUAAUUAAGAUAGUUCAUAAAGUAGUGAUGAUUCUGAAAAAGAUUUUGAUUGGUAUCAUGAUGAUGAUGAUUAAGUUUAUUUUUGCAUAACUACUGCAGGUUAAAUUCAAUAAGGAGAAUAAAUAUUUACAUUCUAUGGUAGAAGAAAUAAUAGAUUCUUAUUACUUUGGUAUGGAUUUACUAUGAAUUAUAAUAAAUAUAAUUCGUUCAAUCUUAGAGUAAAUAAAGUAUAUUAUUUUAAGUUAUGGCUCAAUCCAGAUCCUAUGCCUAUGAAUGAUUAAAUUUACUCAAAAAUCAUUGUUACCGAUAUUGUAAGUAAUAAUCAUCUCAAAUUUGGUUAAAUCAAUGGAGUUCCUAUUAAUUAAUUAAGUAAAUAAAUCAAAUUAAAAGGUUCUAAAUUAUAAGAAGGUAUUUUUAAUCAUUAUUUAGAUCUUAUUAUUUAUGUACGACUCUUUUUAAUGGCUUAUUAUGUCGGAUAGGAUGCAAAUUCUAUUUUAUUAACCAUACCAAUUUCAAUUGAUUUUGAAAUCUAAGUCUUUGAUUUUACUUUGAAGUUGCUUUCUUAUCUUGCUUAAAAGUAAUUUAAUCAAUUAAAUUAGAUUUAAAUCACCAUAUCAAGAAGAUUUAAAUUUGAAUUAAAAUACUUUGACUUCUGAAGAAUAUUUUGCACUGAACUAUAGAUUAGGAUAAAAGGAAUUGAUUCUGUUACAAAUUAAUCAUAUCAUGGAAGCUUUAAAAUUGUUGAAAACAUUGAAGUAUUAACCAAAGUUAGACAUAAAAGAUUAUUUCAUGUAGCAAUCCAAUUCAGUAGAAAAAAUGAAAGCUUUGAGAUAUUAUAUAAAAUAUUUAUGA